UAACAAGGUCUGGGCAAACCUCAAAAAACAGAACCACCCAGAAAGGAAAGAAAGAAAGAAUGUGUUCAUCGGUGAAGGGGCAAUACGAGAUAAGCGAAGAAAUAGGGAGAGGGCGUUUCGGCACAAUAUACCGGUGCUACGACGUCGUUUCAGGAGAAGCAUACGCCUGCAAAGUAAUCGACAAAUCAAUCCUAGCAGACGAAACGGACCAGCAGUGUAUACUGAACGAACCGAAGCUGAUGUCACUCCUAACCCCUCACCCUAACAUCCUCACUAUCCACAACGCCUUCGAAGACGACCGCUCUCUCUCUCUCAUCCUCGACCUCUGCCUUCCCCUCACCCUCCUCGACCGCCUAACUGCCUCAACUGUCACUCCAUUCCCCGACGCCUGCCACGUCAUCACCCAGCUUCUAGAAGCCGUUUCUCACUGCCACCGCAGCGGCAUCGCGCAUCGCGACUUGAAGCCCGAGAAUAUUCUCUUUGAUUCCAGAGACAUCUUGAAGCUCGCCGACUUUGGCUCCGCCGAGUGGUUCGCCGGCGAUGGCGGGGGUCUGAUGAGCGGUGUGGUGGGGACGCCGUAUUACGUGGCGCCGGAAGUGUUGAUGGGGAGGGAGUAUGAUGAGAAAGUUGAUGUGUGGAGCUGUGGAGUUAUACUUUACAUGAUGUUGGCCGGUGCGCCGCCGUUUUACGGUGAUUCCGCCGUCGAGAUUUUCGAGUCUGUUCUACGAGGGAACUUGAGGUUUCCGCCGAGGCUCUUCCGGAAUGUGUCGCCGGCCGCCAAGGAUUUGUUGCGGAAGAUGAUAUGUAAGGACCCUUCUAGGAGGAUCUCCGCCGAACAAGCCUUGAGGCACUCAUGGAUCUUGAGGGGAGGUGAGAGUGAGGCAGCUGAACUAACUUGAGUGUAAGAUUUUUGAGUUAAUGCAACGGAAGAAGAUGAAGAAGUCACAAAAUACAUAUAAUAAGCUCCUUGUUAUAGUAGCAAGUAUAGCUAAUUUUGGUCCCUAAAUCUAUAAUGUUUCUCGCUAUGUGGUAGUUUUGAAUGAAUAAAGUCUACUAGUAGUACUACUGGAGGCAGAGGAAACAGAGCACCUUCUUGUAAAUUCGAGUGACGCUUGUAGAUUUUGAUCCCCCCCCCCCCCCCCCCUCUCUUUUUUUUUUUUUUAGCCCUUCGGGUAGCGGAAUCUGGGUGAGGCUCUAAGUAUGAAACUAUGAAUUGAGAAUCUAGGUUUUCUGUUUUUGGCCUCUCAUGUAAAGAUAACAUGAAAGUGAGAAAGGUAAGGAGUGAGAUCUGCAGCUCAAACUACCUCCUAAUAAUGAAUGAGUGGAGUUUGAUGCUGUCUCUUUAGUCUUCACCCUUUUUUUUGGGUAGUAGUAGUAUAGUAUGUAAAUAUAAUAAUUUUGAAUGUAAAUGUCCUCUUUCAUCUUCUAAAUUA